AUGUACGAACUGAAGGUGGCGUUGACGGAAGCGGACCACUCAGCAUCAUCAUUGCUCAAGGUGACGUUGACAGAAUCAUCAUUGCUCAAGGUGACGUUGACAGAACCAGAUCCCUCAGCAUCAUCAUUGCUCAAGGUGACGUUGACAGAAUCAUCAUUGCUCAAGGUGGAGUUGACAGAACCAGAUCCCUCAGCAUCAUCAUUGCUCAAGGUGGCGUUGACAGAACCAGAUCCCUCAGCAUCAUCAUUGCUCAAGGUGGCGUUGACAGAACCAGAUCCCUCAGAAUCAUCAUUGCUCAAGGUGACGUUGACAGAAUCAUCAUUGCUCAAGGUGGCGUUGACAGAACCAGAUCCCUCAGAAUCAUCAUUGCUCAAGGUGGCGUUGACAGAAUCAUCAUUGCUCAAGGUGGCGUUGACAGAAUCAUCAUUGCUCAAGGUGGAGUUGACAGAAUCAUCAUUGCUCAAGGUGGCAUUGACAGAACCAGAUCCCUCAGCAUCAUCAUUGCUCAAGGUGGCGUUGACAGAAUCAUCAUUGCUCAAGGUGCCGUUGACAGAACCAGAUCCCUCAGCAUCAUCAUUGCUCAAGGUGGAGUUGACAGAAUCAUCAUUGCUCAAGGUGACGUUGACAGAAUCAUCAUUGCUCAAGGUGGCGUUGACAGAACCAGAUCCCUCAGCAUCAUCAUUGCUCAAGGUGGAGUUGACAGAAUCAUCAUUGCUCAAGGUGGCGUUGACAGAACCAGAUCCCUCAGCAUCAUCAUUGCUCAAGGUGACGUUGACAGAAUCAUCAUUGCUCAAGGUGGCGUUGACAGAACCAGAUCCCUCAGCAUCAUCAUUGCUCAAGGUGACGUUGACAGAAUCAUCAUUGCUCAAGGUGACGUUGACAGAACCAGAUCCCUCAGCAUCAUCAUUGCUCAAGGUGGCGUUGACAGAACCAGAUCCCUCAGAAUCAUCAUUGCUCAAGGUGACGUUGACAGAAUCAUCAUUGCUCAAGGUGGCGUUGACAGAACCAGAUCCCUCAGCAUCAUCAUUGCUCAAGGUGGCGUUGACAGAAUCAUCAUUGCUCAAGGUGCCGUUGACAGAACCAGAUCCCUCAGCAUCAUCAUUGCUCAAGGUGACGUUGACAGAAUCAUCAUUGCUCAAGGUGGCGUUGACAGAACCAGAUCCCUCAGCAUCAUCAUUGCUCAAGGUGGAGUUGACAGAAUCAUCAUUGCUCAAGGUGACGUUGACAGAACCAGAUCCCUCAGCAUCAUCAUUGCUCAAGGUGGAGUUGACAGAAUCAUCAUUGCUCAAGGUGGCGUUGACAGAACCAGAUCCCUCAGCAUCAUCAUUGCUCAAGGUGGAGUUGACAGAAUCAUCAUUGCUCAAGGUGGCGUUGACAGAACCAGAUCCCUCAGCAUCAUCAUUGCUCAAGGUGACGUUGACAGAAUCAUCAUUGCUCAAGGUGCCGUUGACAGAACCAGAUCCCUCAGCAUCAUCAUUGCUCAAGGUGGAGUUGACAGAAUCAUCAUUGCUCAAGGUGGAGUUGACAGAAUCAUCAUUGCUCAAGGUGACGUUGACAGAAUCAUCAUUGCUCAAGGUGGCGUUGACAGAACCAGAUCCCUCAGCAUCAUCAUUGCUCAAGGUGGAGUUGACAGAAUCAUCAUUGCUCAAGGUGACGUUGACAGAACCAGAUCCCUCAGCAUCAUCAUUGCUCAAGGUGACGUUGACAGAAUCAUCAUUGCUCAAGGUGGCGUUGACAGAACCAGAUCCCUCAGCAUCAUCAUUGCUCAAGGUGGAGUUGACAGAAUCAUCAUUGCUCAAGGUGGCGUUGACAGAACCAGAUCCCUCAGCAUCAUCAUUGCUCAAGGUGGAGUUGGCAGAAUCAUCAUUGCUCAAGGUGGAGUUGGCAGAAUCAUCAUUGCUCAAGGUGGCAUUGACAGAACCAGAUCCCUCAGCAUCAUCAUUGCUCAAGGUGACGUUGACAGAAUCAUCAUUGCUCAAGGUGGCGUUGACAGAACCAGAUCCCUCAGCAUCAUCAUUGCUCAAGGUGGAGUUGACAGAAUCAUCAUUGCUCAAGGUGGCGUUGACAGAACCAGAUCCCUCAGCAUCAUCAUUGCUCAAGGUGGAGUUGACAGAAUCAUCAUUGCUCAAGGUGGCGUUGACAGAACCAGAUCCCUCAGCAUCAUCAUUGCUCAAGGUGGAGUUGACAGAAUCAUCAUUGCUCAAGGUGACGUUGACAGAACCAGAUCCCUCAGCAUCAUCAUUGCUCAAGGUGACGUUGACAGAAUCAUCAUUGCUCAAGGUGGCGUUGACAGAACCAGAUCCCUCAGCAUCAUCAUUGCUCAAGGUGCCGUUGACAGAACCAGAUCCCUCAGCAUCAUCAUUGCUCAAGGUGGAGUUGGCAGAAUCAUCAUUGCUCAAGGUGGCGUUGACAGAACCAGAUCCCUCAGCAUCAUCAUUGCUCAAGGUGACGUUGACAGAAUCAUCAUUGCUCAAGGUGGAGUUGGCAGAAUCAUCAUUGCUCAAGGUGGAGUUGGCAGAAUCAUCAUUGCUCAAGGUGGCGUUGACAGAACCAGAUCCCUCAGCAUCAUCAUUGCUCAAGGUGGCGUUGACAGAACCAGAUCCCUCAGAAUCAUCAUUGCUCAAGGUGGCGUUGACAGAACAAGAUCCAUCAGCUGUCAUUUGA